UCUUUAAGCCUAAAGAUCUCAGCUUUGAGCAUCUGCGCUUGUGAUUGUCAUCAACUUAAAGUUCUUUUUUUUUAUAUAUUUCUCUCUCUAUUCCCAAUUUUCGUGCCUUUGGUUCUGUCGAUCUUCUCCACUGUCAGAUCGGGUUUAUUGUGAUUGAGAUCUCUUAAGUCUUGUGAUCAUGAAUUAUCUUCUUGGAGCAUUCAAACCCGCCUGCAAUGUUUCAAUCACUUUUUCUGAUGGCAAAAAUCGUAAACAGGUACCCAUGAAGAAAGAAAAUGGUCAAACAGCUUUGGUCCCACUUUUCCAGAGUCAGGAAACUCUUUCCGGGAAGGUUUGCAUUGAACCAUAUCAAGGGAAAAAGGUGGAGCAUAAUGGUGUCAAAGUUGAGCUUCUUGGUCAAAUAGAAAUGUACUUUGACAGAGGAAACUUCUAUGACUUCACUUCCUUGGUUCGUGAAUUGGAUGUCCCUGGAGAUAUAUACGAGAGAAAGACAUACCCUUUUGAAUUUCCAACUGUCGAGAUGCCAUAUGAUACAUACAAUGGUGUCAAUGUGCGGCUAAGAUAUGUCCUCAAAGUUACCGUCACUCGUGGCUACUCUGGAAGCAUCGUGGAGUACCAGGAAUUCAUGGUUCGGAACUAUGCUCCACCUCCUCCAAUUAAUAACAGCAUCAAGGUGAGUUCUGAUGGGUUCCUACUUUAUAAGAAUAGAGACAGGAACUAUGGCUCGUUUCCUUUUAAAAAAAAAAACCCAAACUCAACUUGUUUCAUUCUUAGUGUUUAGGCUCUAACUACAAUC